CACACAGGAAAGAAACCCUUUGAAUGUCCUGAUUGUGGGAAAGGUUUCAGUAAGAAUUCCAACCUGGUGAACCAUCAGAGGACUCACACAGGAGAGAAACCCUUUGAAUGUCCUGUUUGUGGGAAAGGUUUCAGUAAGAAUUCCAAUCUGGUGAACCAUCAGAGGACUCACACAGGAGAGAAACCCUUUGAAUGUCCUGAUUGUGGGAAAGGUUUCAGUAAGAAUUCCAACUUGGUGCGCCAUCAGAGGACUCACACAGGAGAGAAACCCUUUGAAUGUCCUAUUUGUGGGAAAAGUUUCAGUCAGAAUUCCAACCUGGUGAAACAUCAAAGGACUCACACAGGAGAGAAACCCUUUAAAUGUCCUGUUUGCGGGAAACGUUUCACUCAGAAUUCCAGCCUGGUGAGCCAUCAGAGGACUCAUACAGGAGAGAAACCAUUUGAAUGUCCUGUUUGUGGGAAAAGUUUCAGUCACAAUUCUGUCCUGGUUAACCACCAGAGAACUCACACAGGAGAGAAACCCUUUGAAUGUCCUGUUUGUGGGAAACAUUUCAGUCACAAUUCUGUCCUGGUGAACCAUCAGAGAACACACAUAGGAGAGAAACCCAUUGAAUGUCCUAUUUGUGAGAAAUGUUUCAGUCAGAAUUCUGUCCUGGUGAACCAUCAGAGUAUUCAUACAGGAGGGAAACCCUUUGAAUGUCCUGUUUGCAGGAAAAGUUUGAGUCAGAAUUCAAGCCUGGUGAGUCAUCAGAGGAUUCAGGAGAGAAACAGGAGGACUCACACAGGAGAGAAACCCUUUGAAUGUCCUCUUUGUAGGAAAAGUUUCAGUCAGAAUUCUGAGUUGGUGAGACACCAAAGGAUUCACACAGGACAGAAACCCUUUGAAUGUCCUAUUUGCAGGAAAAGUUUCAGUCAAAAUUCCCACCGAGUGAACCAUCAGAGGACUCACACAGGAGAAAAACCCUUUGAAUGUCCUGUUUGCAGGAAAAAUUUCAGUCAGAAUUCCAGCCUGGUAUGCCAUCAGAGAACUCACACAGGAGAAAAGCCCUUUGAAUGUCCUGUGUGUAGGAAAUGUUUCAGUCAGAAUUCUCACCUGGUGAACCAUCAGAGGACUCACACUGGAGAGAAACCCUUUGAAUGUCCUGUUUGCGGGAAAAGUUUCAGUGAGAAUUCCAGCCUGGAAAGACACCAGAGGACUCACAAAGUUGAGAAACCCUUUGAAUGUCCUGAUUCUGGGAAAGGUUUUAGUAAGAAUUCUGACUUGGUGAACCAUCAGAGGACUCACACAGGAGAGAAAUCCUUUAAAUGUCCUGUUUGUUGGAAAAGUUUUGGUCAGAAUUCUCACCUGGUGAGCCAUCAGAGAACUCACACAGGAGAGAAACCCUUUGAAUGUCCUAUUUGUGCGAAAAGUUUCAUUCAGAAUUCCAACCUGGUGAAGCAUCAAAGGACUCACACCGGGGAGAAACCCUUUAAAUGUCCUGUUUGCGGAAAACGUUUCAAUCAGAAUUACAGCCUGGUGAGUCAUCAGAGAAUUCACACAGGAGAAAAACCCUUUGAAUGUCCUGUUUGCGGGAAAAGUUUCAGUCAGAAUUCCAGUCUGGUAAGACAUCAGAGGAUUCACACAGGAGAAAAGCCCUUUGAAUGUCCUGUGUGUAAGAAAUGUUUCAGUCAGAAUUCUCACCUGGUGAACCAUCAGAGGACUCAUACAGGAGAGAAACCAAUUUAA